AUGCCCUUCACCAAAAUUGCCCUUAUUGGCGCCAAUGGCACCCUAGGCCCGCACAUCGUGUCCGCCAUCCAAGCUGCCCCAUCCCUCAACCUCACCAUCCUCACCCGCGCCUCGUCCAAAUCCGCCUACGGCAGCACCCCCACCCUCUCCAUCCCCGACGACCUCCCCACCUCCGCCCUCGUAGAAGCGCUAAAAGGCUUCGAUUCCCUCGUCAUCACAAUGGCCGGAUCCUACGUCGCCGAAUGCCUCCGCCUCGCCGACGCCGCCUUUGUAGCCGGCGUCAAGCGCAUCAUCCCGCCUGACUUCGGGAGCUGCGACUCUGCAGACCCAGAGACGUUGGAGAUCCUCCCGUUGAUGGCAGGAAAGGCAAAAGUGCGCGCGCAUCUCGAGGAGUUGUGUGGGAGGGAGAGGGAAGGGGGCAAGUUGACGUGGACGAGUCUCAUCACGGGGCAUUUCUUCGAUUACGGGCUCCGGGGCGGUCUGCUGUGUUUCGAUGUGCGGAAAAAGAAGGUGCAGGUGUUGGAUGGUGGGGAUAUUAAGUUCAGCGCGACGAACCUGGAUACGAUUGGGACGGCGGUGGUGAAGGUGUUGACGAAGGAGGAGCAGGCGGUGGUGGAGAAUAAGCUGUUGUAUGUGCACAGCUUCCAUGUGACGCAGAAUGAGCUGUUGAAGGUGCUGGAGAAGGCGACAGGGAGUGAGGGGAAGUGGGAGCUUGAGCAGUGUAGUUCGAAGGAGUUGCUGGCGGUGUCGAGGGCCAAGAUGUUGAAGGGGGAUGCGGAGGCGACGGAGGAGGUCGUGGCGGUGCAUGGGAUUGUGGCGAGUGAUUGGGAAGGAAAGGAAGGGUUUGCGAAUGAGUUGUUGGGGUUAGAGAAAGAGGAUUUGGUUGAGUGUGUGACGAAGGUGGUGGAGAGUUUGGCCAAAGCUUCUGAGGCACAGACUGCUGCUGGACACAACGCGUUUGAGUGGAGGAGGUUCCUGGACUUCACAAAGAUCGAAGCUGAUAAACUUGCCGCGGAAUAUCCUAGUUUGAAGGAUGUUCCUGCAAACAUCUACGCGGGAAUCCUAGUGCGUGUAAAUGAGAAACUGAGGAAUCAGGGGAUACGUGAAAUAGGCGAUGAUGUUUUUGACUGGCGCAUGCCACAGGCCAUGAGAAGAGCCUAUGCAUUAAAAACGCCAUUGCAAGAAGAAGCAAGCAAGCCAGCCGAUCGACCCCACGAGCAGCAGCCGCCGGCUGAGCAGCCAUCCACUUCAAGCAAGGCAUAUGAUCCUGUGAAAGAGAGCGUUCUCCACAAUACAGACUCCGAAAAGGGACUAGCGCUGGACCAGUAG